AAGAGAUCUACCCGCUGGGGGCUUGAAUUAGCCUCUCUGUGGCUAGCUAGUCUAACACUUGCAGCUGUCAAGCCCCCAGCGCUGCCUGAAACGUGUUGGGUCUGCUGCUCAUAGUCAAUGUUCCUGGCUCGCUCCUUGUUCAAGAUGUCAAGUCACAAUCCUUUGUUGAGGCUGGAGCAGCGAGCAGCUGAGGCAGACCAGAUCAUCGAGUACCUCAAACAGCAAAUCCAGCUGCUGAAGGAGAAAGCCAUCGUCCAGGCCAGUGUCAGAGAAGAGAAGAAACUGAUGGUGGAGAAUGCGAAACUGAAGAAUGACAUCGAGGAACUGAAAAAACAGCUGCUGGAAAAAGAGAAGAGGAGGGGAGUACGGGAGGUGGCCAUGCCGUCAGGUGAACCCACUGUUGAAUGCAGUUCGAAGCCCACCCUUCCCAAACCCACUGGUGCGGCACCCUCUGCCUCCCCUGCCGCUGCUGUCCAGAGUCCCGCUCCCAAGGACGAGAGUAAAAAGAAGAAGCCUGAGAAAAAAGGAGGAGAGAAAGCAGAGAAAAAGCAGGCAGCUCCCAGCCAAGAGGAUGCCAAGGUGGAUGUGUCUCGUUUGGACCUGCGUAUUGGACGUAUAAUCACAGCCGAGAAGCACCCAGAUGCCGACAGCCUCUAUGUGGAGCAGGUUGAUGUGGGAGAGGCUUCACCCAGGACAGUGGUCAGCGGGCUGGUCAAACACAUACCUCUGGACCAGAUGCAGAAUCGCAUGGCAGUCCUGAUGUGUAACCUGAAGCCAGCCAAGAUGAGAGGAGUGGUGUCCCAGGCUAUGGUCAUGUGUGCCAGCUCGCCAGACAAGGUCGAAAUCCUUGAUCCUCCAACUGGAGCAGCACCAGGGGACAGAGUUACUUUCCAGGGCUUCCCAGGUGAACCGGACAAAGAGCUGAACCCUAAAAAGAAGGUAUGGGAACAGGUUCAGCCAGACCUCCGCACAGACGGCCAGUGUGUUGCAACCUACAAGGGAGCUGCCUUUGAAGUCGCCGGCAAGGGAGUGUGCAAAGCCCAGACCAUGAGCAACAGUGGAAUCAAAUAAAACAACAGAGCUGCUUGAAAUAGCUCAGUGUUUACUUGGCAAUCACCGUCAGUGAUGACAAUGAGGGUUUUCAGAAACAGGAUGGUGAUGGAUGGAAGUAAAUGCUUUGAAGAUCAAUAAAGGGAUUUAAGAAUAAGAA